CUAAUCGCUUGUUUUACUAAGUGCAGAAUUUUUUUUAAAAACAAAUAAAAGAAAAUAGUUACUUGUAAUACCGUGUUUUUAAAUUUGAAAAAAUAAAAUGGGGAAAAAGACUCGUUCUAAAAGAAAGAAGCCACCGCCACCUCCAGCCGAUGAACCAAUAGAAGUUGCACAAGCUCCACAUUCUUUUGUUAUUCAUCGUGGUCUUUCAUGCCCUUAUAUCUCCGAUUUAACUAAAGAUUUUCGACGUGUUAUGGAACCGCAUACCGCCAUGAAAUUGAAAGAAAAAAAAUCGAAUAAAAUAAAAGAUUUUGUUAGUUUAUCAGGAUAUUUUCAUGUUUCGUAUAUGUGUGUUUUCAAUAAAGCUACAACACAACUGUCUUUUAAAGUAGUGCGGAUGCCAAGAGGACCAACUUUAACAUUUAAGGUACAUCAAUUUACAUUAGCAAGAGAUGUGAUAUCAUUCAGUAAAAAACAAUUCGUUGAUGAAGAAAUUUUUCAUACUGCGCCCUUAGUUAUAAUGAAUAACUUUUCAGGAGAAGGAAAACAUUUAAAAUUAAUGGCUCAUACAUUUCAAAGUAUGUUCCCUGCAAUAAAUAUAGCUACUGUGAAUUUAUCGACAGUUAGAAGAUGUGUGCUUUUUUCAUAUGAUCCAAUAGCCAAAUUAAUACAAUUUAGGCAUUAUUCCAUAGUUGUGGUACCAGUAGGUUUAUCAAAACCUGUGAAAAAAGUUGUUUUAAGGAAAAUUCCCAACAUGUCUAAAUGCGAUGAUAUAGCAGAUUACUUUAAUGGAAAUGCAUCUGAAUCUGAAUUUGAAGAUGACGAAGAAAGUCAUGUGAUUCUUCCACAAAAUUUAAAAACUAAAGGAAACUUAGAAAACAACAAAUCUGCUGUACGUUUAUAUGAAAUUGGUCCAAGAAUUACAUUUGAAUUAGUUAAAAUAGAAGAAGGCUUAUUUACUGGUGAAGUUCUUUACCAUGAAACUGUAAUUAAAUCCGAACAGGAAAUCGAAACUAUACGAAAAAUGAGAGAAAAAAAGAAGAAAGCCAAGGAACACAGAAAGAAAAUACAAGAAGAAAAUGUUAAAAGAAAGGAGAAAGAAAAAAAUAAAAAAUCUAAUCCUGAUGAAAAAGUAAAGGAGGUACCGCCAGUAGAAGAAGUAGAACCAGAUGAUGAUGCUGAAUAUUAUAGACAAGAGGUGGGCGAAGAACCCGAUGAAGAAAUAUUCAAGCAGUCUGAAAAUAAAGGUACAAAGCGAGUUAAACUUCCCAAAUAUAUGGGAGGUAAAAAAAGAAAAUUAAAUGAAAACAGUAAAUCUAAAAAUAAAGACUCUUGGAAAUCAGAAAAAGUUAAUUUUAACGACAAAAAUAAACGAAGAAAGGAUAAUAAAUCUAAAGACAAGAAUAGAUCAGCCAAAUCAAAGAAAGGUCCGAAAGGUAAUAGUAGCCAAACAGAUAAAAAGAGAAGAUCUGGUGCUAAAGAUGGCAAAUUUAGUAAACCAAUUUAUAAAAACAAAUUAACUGGAAAAUCUAAGAGUGGAGGAAAAAAGAAAAGUAGAAAAUAAAUUGUUUUAAUUAAAAAUAUUUCCUGUGUGUAAAAUAUAAAUAAUUUUUUAUUCAAACAA